AUGGAGACUGGAGAUUCAGAUAUCAUGGGAAUUCCAGAAUACAAGUCAUGGAGUCCUGAGAGGCUCCAUGGCAGAGAUAAUAUACUUCAGCAAAGAAUUGGUCUACAUCUCACGUUAACGAGUAAGACCUCGAGCUGCAAGCUCCUGCUACGUCAAGCUGAGUUCGUCACUGCAUCUAUUACAAUGGUCAGACUCCGGAAGUUUUACACGUGUUUGAGGUCCUUGCCUGUAUAUACUUUCACGAUUUUCUUAGUCGUGGUAUACUACUUUUACAGCAGAGACGGAAAACCCCAACAGCUGAAUACAUGGUUAGCUACAAGACAACAACUCUUCAAUUUUCCCCCAGAGAAGAUUAACGAAACACUCCAGGGAAAGCUGAACUUUGGUCUGAUCCGGGACAUCCAAUGGAAGGCCGAGUCUCCACAGAAUUCGUCCAUUCAGGGGGUCCUGGAUGAAAAGGAACUGGAAGCCAAGAUUCGAAUGGAACGGCGGAGGAGCCACAUCCAGGAACUGUGCAUGGAACCGCGAUUCAACUGGUGUCAUAUUGAUUCAGUGCUGUACAACCGAGUUGGAAUGUUUUACCAGUACAACGCCACUGUUUGCACUAUUGCUAAGGCUGGAUCUUCCACGUGGCGAGCACACCUCAGGCGUGUCAACAAGGGCCCGCCCUUCAACCAGCCUAUGGAGGAUGACGACAUCUGGAGAGCUUUCCUGAGUCAGCCCAGAGAAACUGUCUUGGAAAACGUACUUGCCUCAAACAAAAUCAUCACAGUCAGGCAUCCACUGACCCGACUUGUAUCAGCUUACCGGAACAAGUACAAAGGAGGAAAGCCGAUGCCCCGACACAGGCCAAAGUUCGAGGACAGGAAACGCCAGCGGAUAGCAGGAAGUUACUGGGAUGACAGAUUCUACCAGUUUUGGCUGCCCGCCCUCUUCGUCAAUAACAAAGUGCCCCCGGAUACCCACCUCAAGGUGGGCAUGAAGGACCCCAUCGAUCCUACCGUAAGGUAUUCCACUGAAGAAUACGAGAGAUUGUAUCACGUUCUCAGGCCAAAAUUGUCUUUUACACAAUUCCUGAAAUUCGUGGUUUACCAGCACGAGACGGGAACACCAGAUGCUCACUGGAGACCCUACCACGCCUCCUGCUGCCCCUGCCACUUCGAUUACCACUUCGUCACGAAGAUCGAGACCCUUUCUGAGGACCUGGUCUACGUCUUCAAGGCCCUGGGCAUUCCUGCUGACCCUGACACCUCCAUGAAUCAGCUCAGGUCAAACGUGGCUGCUUCCAUGUACAAGGAUUUCCAGUAUUACCGAGAAGUCCCCCUGACCCUCAAGAAGGACAUUCACAAGUGGAUUAAACAGGACAUGGACUUAUUCGAGUACGAACUUCCUAAGAAUUUUCUGAGUUAGACAUAAGUCUCAACUUGAAAUACUGUAUUCGUGUGUAUGUGUAUAUUAAAUCCGUUCAUUGAAUGUCUCUGUAUAGUUACGUAUAAUGAACGUCCAUAUCUUACAUAUAUACACUGUGCCACUCACCUCUACCUUACAAACACUGCGCCACUCACCUCGAUCUUGUGCAUACUCGCACUGCCUUGAUAUUUCAAUCUUUUUUUCACUUCUACACACCUCCACAUUUCCU